AUGUUGCUGAGCUGGUCCUGUUCCAACUAUGGGAGCCCGCGCCCAGCUCAUGCCAACAUGAAUGCCAAUGCGGCUGCGGGGCUUGCCCCCGAGCACAUCCCCACCCCCGGAGCAGCCCUGUCCUGGCAGGCGGCCAUCGAUGCGGCCCGGCAGGCCAAGCUGAUGGGCAGCGCUGGCAAUGCAACCAUCUCCACAAUCAGCUCUACACAGAGGAAACGGCAACAGUACGGCAAACCCAAGAAGCAGGGCAGCACGACCGCCACACGCCCGCCACGUGCCCUGCUCUGUCUGACUCUGAAGAACCCCAUCCGGAGGGCGUGCAUCAGCAUCGUUGAAUGGAAAUCAUUUGAAAUAAUUAUUUUACUGACUAUUUUUGCCAAUUGUGUGGCCUUAGCGAUCUAUAUUCCCUUUCCAGAAGAUGAUUCCAACGCCACCAAUUCCAACCUGGAACGAGUGGAAUAUCUCUUUCUCAUCAUUUUUACUGUGGAAGCGUUUUUAAAAGUAAUAGCCUAUGGACUUCUCUUUCACCCCAACGCUUACCUCCGCAACGGUUGGAAUUUACUAGAUUUUAUAAUUGUGGUUGUAGGGCUUUUUAGUGCAAUUUUAGAACAAGCAACCAAAGCAGAUGGGCCAAAUGUUCUAGGAGGAAAAGGGGCUGGCUUUGACGUGAAGGCGCUGAGGGCUUUCCGAGUGCUGCGCCCCUUGCGGCUGGUGUCUGGAGUCCCGAGUCUCCAGGUUGUUCUGAAUUCCAUUAUCAAGGCCAUGGUCCCCUUGCUGCAUAUUGCCCUGCUAGUGCUGUUUGUCAUCAUCAUCUAUGCUAUCAUCGGCCUGGAGCUCUUCAUGGGGAAGAUGCAUAAGACAUGUUACAACCAGGAGGGCAUAGCAGAUGUUCCAGCAGAGGAUGACCCUUCUCCAUGUGCUCUGGAAACUGGUCAUGGGCGCCAGUGCCAGAAUGGUACCGUGUGCAGACCUGGAUGGGAUGGGCCCAAGCACGGAAUCACCAACUUUGACAAUUUUGCCUUCGCCAUGUUGACGGUGUUCCAAUGCAUCACCAUGGAGGGAUGGACAGACGUCUUGUACUGGGUCAAUGAUGCCGUAGGAAGGGACUGGCCCUGGAUCUAUUUUGUUACACUAAUCAUCAUAGGGUCAUUUUUUGUACUUAACUUGGUUCUCGGUGUUCUUAGCGGAGAGUUUUCCAAAGAGAGGGAGAAGGCCAAGGCUCGGGGAGAUUUCCAGAAGCUGCGAGAAAAGCAGCAGCUGGAAGAAGACCUCAAAGGCUACCUGGACUGGAUCACACAGGCAGAAGACAUCGACCCUGAGAACGAGGAUGAAGGCAUGGAUGAGGAGAAACCUCGAAACAUGAGCAUGCCCACAAGUGAGACAGAGUCCGUCAACACGGAAAACGUGGCUGGAGGUGACAUCGAGGGAGAAAACUGCGGGGCCAGGCUGGCGCACCGCAUCUCCAAAUCAAAGUUCAGUCGCUACUGGCGCCGGUGGAAUCGGUUCUGCAGAAGAAAGUGCCGUGCUGCGGUCAAGUCUAACGUUUUCUACUGGCUCGUGAUUUUCCUGGUAUUCCUCAACACACUCACCAUUGCUUCAGAGCAUUAUAACCAGCCCCACUGGCUCACGGAAGUCCAAGAUACUGCCAAUAAGGCACUGCUGGCCCUUUUCACAGCUGAGAUGCUGCUCAAGAUGUACAGCCUGGGUCUGCAGGCCUAUUUUGUGUCCCUCUUCAACCGCUUCGACUGCUUCAUCGUGUGCGGGGGCAUCCUGGAGACCAUCCUGGUGGAGACCAAGAUCAUGUCCCCUUUGGGCAUCUCUGUGCUGAGAUGUGUCCGACUACUGAGGAUAUUUAAGAUCACAAGGUACUGGAACUCCUUGAGCAACCUGGUGGCGUCCCUGCUGAACUCUGUGCGCUCCAUUGCCUCCCUGCUGCUGCUCCUCUUCCUCUUCAUCAUCAUCUUCUCCCUCUUGGGGAUGCAACUCUUCGGAGGAAAGUUCAACUUUGAUGAGAUGCAGACCAGGAGGAGCACGUUCGAUAACUUUCCCCAGUCUCUCCUCACCGUGUUUCAGAUCCUGACCGGGGAGGACUGGAAUUCGGUGAUGUAUGAUGGGAUCAUGGCUUAUGGCGGCCCCUCUUUUCCAGGGAUGUUAGUCUGUAUUUACUUCAUCAUCCUCUUCAUCUGUGGGAACUAUAUCCUACUGAAUGUGUUCUUGGCCAUUGCCGUGGACAACCUAGCUGAUGCGGAGAGCCUCACCUCUGCCCAGAAAGAGGAGGAAGAAGAGAAGGAGCGGAAGAAGCUGGCCAGGACUGCCAGCCCAGAAAAGAAGCAAGAGGUGGUGGAAAAGCCAGUAGUCGAGGAGGCCAAGGAGGAGAAAAUUGAGCUGAAAUCCAUUACAGCUGAUGGAGAGUCUCCGCCAACCACCAAGAUCAACAUGGAUGACCUCCAGCCCAAUGAGAAUGAGGACAAGAGCUCCUACCCCAACCCAGAAGCUACAGGAGAAGAGGAGGAGGAGGAGCCAGAGAUGCCUGUGGGCCCCCGUCCCCGCCCGCUGUCUGAGCUGCACCUUAAGGAAAAGGCCGUGCCCAUGCCCGAAGCCAGUGCGUUUUUCAUCUUCAGCCCCAACAACAGGUUCCGCCUCCAAUGUCACCGCAUUGUCAAUGACUCGAUCUUCACCAACCUGAUUCUCUUCUUCAUUCUACUCAGCAGCAUUUCCCUGGCUGCUGAGGACCCUGUCCAGCACACGUCCUUCAGGAACCAUAUUCUGUUUUAUUUUGAUAUUGUUUUUACUACCAUUUUCACCAUUGAAAUUGCUCUGAAGAUCCUAGGCAAUGCAGACUAUGUCUUCACUAGUAUCUUUACAUUAGAAAUUAUCCUUAAGAUGACUGCUUAUGGGGCUUUCCUCCACAAGGGCUCUUUCUGCCGGAACUACUUCAACAUCUUGGACCUGCUGGUGGUCAGCGUUUCCCUCAUCUCCUUUGGCAUUCAGUCCAGCGCAAUCAACGUUGUGAAGAUCUUGCGAGUUCUGCGAGUACUCAGGCCCUUGAGGGCCAUCAACAGGGCCAAAGGGCUAAAGCACGUGGUUCAGUGUGUGUUUGUUGCCAUCCGGACCAUUGGGAACAUUGUGAUUGUCACCACGCUGCUGCAGUUCAUGUUCGCCUGCAUCGGAGUCCAGCUCUUCAAGGGAAAGCUGUAUACCUGUUCCGAUAGCUCCAAGCAGACUGAGGCAGAAUGCAAGGGAAACUACAUCACAUACAAAGACGGGGAGGUUGACCAUCCCAUCAUCCAGCCCCGCAGCUGGGAGAACAGCAAGUUUGACUUUGACAAUGUUCUGGCGGCCAUGAUGGCCCUCUUCACCGUCUCCACUUUUGAGGGCUGGCCAGAGCUGCUGUACCGCUCCAUCGACUCCCAUACGGAAGACAAGGGCCCCAUCUACAACUACCGCGUGGAGAUCUCCAUCUUCUUCAUCAUCUACAUCAUCAUCAUCGCCUUCUUCAUGAUGAACAUCUUCGUGGGUUUCGUCAUCGUCACUUUCCAGGAGCAGGGGGAGCAAGAGUACAAGAACUGUGAGCUGGACAAGAACCAGCGACAGUGUGUAGAAUAUGCCCUCAAGGCCCGGCCGCUCCGGAGGUAUAUCCCUAAGAACCAGCACCAGUACAAAGUGUGGUAUGUGGUGAACUCCACCUACUUUGAGUACCUGAUGUUCGUCCUCAUCCUACUCAACACCAUCUGCUUGGCCAUGCAGCACUACGGUCAGAGCUGCCUGUUCAAAAUCGCUAUGAACAUCCUCAACAUGCUCUUCACCGGCCUCUUCACUGUGGAGAUGAUCCUGAAGCUCAUUGCCUUCAAACCCAAGGGUUACUUUAGUGAUCCCUGGAAUGUUUUUGACUUCCUCAUCGUAAUUGGCAGCAUAAUUGACGUCAUUCUCAGUGAGACUAAUCACUAUUUCUGUGAUGCAUGGAAUACAUUUGACGCCUUGAUUGUUGUGGGUAGCAUUGUUGAUAUAGCAAUCACCGAGGUAAACCCAGCUGAACAUACCCAAUGCUCUCCCUCUAUGAAUGCAGAGGAGAACUCCCGCAUCUCCAUCACCUUCUUCCGCCUCUUCCGGGUCAUGCGCCUGGUCAAGCUGUUGAGCCGCGGGGAGGGCAUCCGGACCCUGCUGUGGACCUUCAUCAAAUCCUUCCAGGCCCUGCCCUAUGUGGCUCUCUUGAUAGUGAUGCUGUUCUUCAUCUACGCUGUAAUCGGAAUGCAGGUGUUUGGAAAAAUUGCCCUGAAUGACACCACAGAGAUCAAUCGGAACAACAACUUUCAGACUUUCCCUCAAGCUGUGCUACUCCUCUUCAGGUGUGCCACGGGGGAGGCUUGGCAGGACAUCAUGCUAGCCUGCAUGCCAGGCAAGAAGUGUGCCCCAGAGUCUGAGCCCAGCAACAGCACAGAAGGGGAAACACCCUGUGGCAGCAGCUUCGCUGUCUUCUACUUCAUCAGCUUCUACAUGCUCUGUGCCUUCCUGAUCAUCAACCUCUUUGUAGCCGUCAUCAUGGACAACUUUGACUACCUGACAAGGGACUGGUCCAUCCUUGGUCCCCAUCAUCUAGAUGAAUUUAAAAGGAUCUGGGCAGAAUAUGACCCUGAAGCCAAGGGUCGCAUUAAGCAUCUCGAUGUGGUGACCUUACUCCGGCGGAUUCAGCCCCCACUAGGUUUCGGGAAGCUCUGUCCUCACCGCGUGGCUUGCAAACGCCUGGUCUCCAUGAACAUGCCUCUGAACAGCGAUGGGACGGUCAUGUUCAAUGCCACCCUCUUUGCCCUGGUCAGGACAGCCCUGAGGAUCAAAACAGAAGGGAACCUAGAACAAGCCAAUGAAGAACUGCGUGCAAUAAUCAAGAAGAUAUGGAAGCGGACCAGCAUGAAGCUGCUGGACCAGGUGGUGCCCCCUGCAGGUGAUGAUGAGGUCACAGUUGGCAAGUUUUACGCCACUUUCCUGAUCCAAGAGUACUUCCGAAAGUUCAAGAAGCGCAAAGAGCAGGGGCUUGUGGGCAAGCCUUCCCAGAGGAACACGCUGUCCCUGCAGGCUGGACUGCGCACGCUGCAUGACCUUGGGCCUGAGAUCCGCAGGGCCAUCUCUGGAGAUCUGACAGCCGAGGAGGAGCUAGACAAGGCCAUGAAGGAGGCCGUGUCUGCUGCCUCCGAAGACGACAUCUUCAGGAGGGCCGGUGGCCUGUUCGGCAACCAUGUCAACUACUACCAAAGUGACGGCCGGAGCGCCUUCCCCCAGACCUUCACCACCCAGCGCCCGCUGCACAUCAACAAGGCGGGUAACAGCCAAGGUGACACUGAGUCGCCUUCCCACGAGAAACUGGUGGACUCCACUUUCACCCCCAGCAGCUACUCAUCCACUGGCUCCAACGCCAACAUCAACAAUGCCAACAACACUGCCCUGGGCCGCUUUCCCCGCCCCACCGGCUACCCCAGCACGGUCAGCACUGUGGAGGGCCAUGGGCCCCCUUUAUCUCCUGCCAUCCGGGUGCAGGAGCCAACAUGGAAGCUCAGCUCCAAGAGGUGCCACUCCCGGGAGAGCCAGAUGUCCGUGGUGUGUCAGGAGGAGGUCUCUCCGGAGGAGACCUAUGAGGUGAAGAUAACAGAAGACACGGAGUACUGCAGCGAGCCCAGCCUGGUCUCCACAGAGAUGCUUUCCUAUCAGGAUGAUGAAAAUCGACAAUUGACGCCCCCAGAGGAGGAUAAGAGGGACACCCGACAAUCCCCGAAGAAGGGUUUCCUCCGCUCCGCCUCACUAGGUCGAAGGGCCUCCUUCCACCUGGAAUGUCUGAAGAGGCAGAAGAAUCAAGGGGGAGACAUCUCUCAGAAGACAGUGUUGCCCCUGCAUCUUGUUCAUCAUCAGGCGUUGGCAGUGGCGGGCCUGAGCCCCCUUCUCCAGAGAAGCCAUUCCCCCUCCAUGUUCCCCAGGCCCUGUGCCACACCCCCUUCCACACCCCGUGGCAACCACGGUUGGCCCCCACAGUCCAUCCCCACCCUGCGGCUGGAAGGCUCCGAGUCCAGCGAGAAACUCAACAGCAGCUUUCCGACCAUCCACUGCAGCUCCUGGUCUGAGGAGAGUCCCGGUGGUGGGGGUAGCAGCACCAUCCGGAGAGCCCGGCCUGUUUCCCUCACUGUGCCCAGCCAGACCGGGGCGCCGGGGAGGCAGUUCCAUGGCAGUGCCAGCAGUCUGGUGGAAGCGGUCUUGAUUUCCGAAGGACUGGGGCAGUUUGCUCAAGAUCCCAAGUUUAUUGAGGUCACCACCCAGGAGCUGGCUGAUGCCUGCGACAUGACAAUUGAGGAGAUGGAAAAUGCGGCUGACAACAUCCUCAGUGGGGGCACCCAGCAGAGCCCCAACGGCACCCUCUUACCUUUUGUUAACUGCAGGGACCCAGGGCAGGACAGAGCUGCGGGCGAGGAGGAUGCGACCUGCGGGCCUGCCCUGGAAUGUCGGCAGAGUGAGGAGGAACUCCAGGACAGCAGGGUCUAUGUCAGCAGCCUGGAGUAG